AUUAACUGCUUGUCGUUAUUUCAUGGAAUAGUUGCUGUGGAGCAGUCGCUGUGAAACGUUUAAAUAGUUAGAAAAGUGAAAAAAAAAUCAAUUAUUAUAACGGAAAAUUAAUUGCAUUAGUCAGCAUGCAUUUGUAUAACUUAUGUAACAACUAUAUUCGAGCAAUCGGCCUUUUAACGCUGCUUUUGUUCCAACUCAGCGCUGCUAACAAAUACAAUGUGUCCCUGGCACAAAUGGAUACCUGCAAGGAGUAUCGCAUAGCCAACAGCGGCUAUGGCUAUACGCAAUUCUUUCACAUACACAAAUUGGCCAACAACAAAGUGAACACAAACGAACGGUUGCAUUUGAAAUUCUACGUGCUCGCACCGAUGGACGCACACAUCCUGCUCGCGGUCAACGAUAAGCCGCUCACGCGUGAUCGCGUCUAUGAAGUGGUGAUUGGCGCCGGCCAGAAUUCCUUCUCCACCAUACGCAGUCGCAUGGCUUCGAUGCGCGUCUCCACAAGUACGGUGCCGAAUAUUUUAUCUAUAUACGAUCCGACGCCCAUCGAAAUCAUACAAACAAAGGAUGGCACACUUUCCGUUUACAUACAGGGCUUAAAGAAGGAACCACUUUUGAAUUACACCGACCCCGCGCCGCUUGACAUCAACUAUCUGAGCUUCAGUAGUUUUGGCUCAACGCCGGCGAAAUGGUACUACGACUGUCAAUUCGAUGGUUUCGCUGAAGAAAUGGAGGAGGAAGUACGUGAGCUCGACCCCUAUCACGCGCUGCUGGCGAAUUUAACGAGGAAAUCGGCGAACGCGUCGGUGCCCAUGGAUCUCAAGUCGGUCAAUUUCGCAUUCCAAUUGAAGUCGGUCGUUUACAAUCACGAAAAGUCAAUACUACACACACGCUUGCAUUUAUCGCUGUAUUGGCAAGACCCCAGACUUGCAUGGGAUGCGAAUGAGCUUGGCAUUGCGGCCAUAAGUUUCGGCUACAAAGAUGCACCGGAAAUCUGGAAACCGGAUUUAAUAGUGCUCAACGCCGCCCAUGGCAGCAAUACACAACAGGAACCCGAUAUCGGUUUGGUGAUCUAUGCCAACGGCAGCAUUACAUUGAUCGACUCGAAUGCGGAAUUCGCGACUUGGUGUGUCGACACGAAACGCAACUGGCCGCAUGAGCGCCUCAAUUGUGGACUUAUACUGGGUCUGGAGUCAUUCUCGCCGCGCACACGUGAGCCCAUCACUUUGGCGUAUGACAACACGAAACCAUUGCCAGUGGAGCCGUUCAGCAUGCUGAGCGAGUGGCAUUUCAGGCAAAUAAGCAUAGCGGAGAUUGUCAAUAAGGGUAACAAUACGAGCCGUUAUAAUACCGAAGCUAUUGUGCAAUCCAUGAACGGCGAUAUAUCGUUGGACUUUAUGAUCGAAAGGAAUGGCGCGUUCUACCGCAACGUUUACACGAUGCCAAUAUUGGCUUGUGAAACUUUGCUGAUUUUGUCUUUCUUGCUACAUGGCUAUCGGCGCGGUGGCCUCAUACUGGUGGUUUUCUUCGUGAUCUCCUUGGGUUUGAUGUUCGUCACGAAGCAUGCACCCACGGCCUAUAUACCAAACAUAUUGCACGCUUAUCGUCAUGUCAUGCGCACCACCGCCUUCUGUUAUCUAUUGCACGUGACUCUAAUGUGGCUGUUACUGUAUCCACCGAAGGCGGAACCGUUUGACUGGUUGAUGUCCUUGAUAAAUGUGUCGGCUUUGCGGUUGUUGCUUUGCAUGCGCUUGACCGAUUGCAAUGACUAUGUGAGUAUUCAGGCACAUCCUUGGCGCGAGUUGGCUAAGAUGAUCAACAACUGCUGCUUCAUCGUCGUCAGCAUAUUAUUUAUAGUCGUGGACAUACUGCUCUUGCCGAAGUAUUGAAAUCACUGAGGAACGGAAGUUAACAAUUUUAAUUAUUCUUUUCUUUUUUUCUUUAAUAUAAUUAUUUGAAAAUAUUUGUAUUUAGAAAUUAAACAAAUUAGAUAUUUUUUGUUGAAAAAAGUUCACUCGACAUUUUAUUUUGUUUUUGUUAAAAGUAUAUACAAAACAUUGAAAUAAAUACAAUACAUUAUAUAAUAUUCUCAUUAACUUUUAUAGACAAAUUCUGGGUUAUAUUACACCAUAUUCCUCAGUUACGCCAUUUUGAGCAAGCACUCGAUGACGUAUUUUAUGUUGCUGUUGCUAUCGCUUUGCCUUCGUGAACUUAAUUCCUUUGCCAUAAUGAAUAUUUUAUUCAAACAAUUGUUUAUUGAGUUAAAUACAUUUGAAACAGAGAUUAAUGAAAGUGAUGAAGAGAACAAUUAUGGUUGAGAGCGCUCAACACUGAU